AUGGUUGCUAAUCAGGAAAAUAUAACUCAAAGUGGGGUUCAAAAUAGGACUCAGGUUCUGAUUCACAUUCCAAUCAAUAUGACGAGUUCGAGUACAGGACAAUCGACCACCAUUGAUUACAAUCAUCCAUUGUUCUUGAAUCCUGGCGAUGUAAGUGGUUUUCAACUCAUUUCUUUUCAAAUUAUCGAUACUGAGAAUUAUUCAAUUUGGUAUAGAUCAAUGAGAAUUGCCUUGUUAGGAAGAAAUAAAAUGGGAAUAGUGGAUGGGAGCGCUGGAAAGGAUAAAUUCCGUUCUGAAAUGGGAAAUCAUUGGGAACGGGUGAAUGCGAUUGUUUUUUCAUGGAUUAUGGGGCCUGUAGCCAAGAAUUUGUUAGGAGGAAUAAUGUAUGCAUUUGAAGCACAGAUUGAGUGGGAAUAUUUGCGUAAAAGAUUCACUUAA